AGUUUAAGGCACACCCCUCUACGUACUCAAACAAACAUGAAAGAAUUACAAAGGCUAUUGGUCUCUCACCUUAAACCGACACCCCCCAAAUGGCCACCCGACCCCUCCACCCUCCUCUCUCUCCUCCAAAACCAAAAAUUCCCCCCUCCCUCUCUCCUCCACCGCGCCCACGCCCUCAUCCUCCGCCUCCACCACCACCAAGACCCCGCCCUCAUCUCCAAACUCAUUUCUCUCUCAUCUCGCCUUACACGCAUCGCCUAUUCCCUCUCUCUUUUCACCCAUUUCCCUAACCCCACCACCUAUCUCUCUAACACCAUGCUCCAAGCCUUGUCCGAUAAUGGCCUCCAUGCUCGAGCUUUCUCUCUCUACAAGUCUUUUUCUCUCUACCAUUCAUCCCCACCGAAUCGGUUUACGUUUCCUCCUCUCCUCAAGGCGUGCGCUGGGCUCCAAGCCCUCGAGCCAACCCGACAAGUCCAUGCCCACAUCGUGAAGCUUGGGUGCGAGUUUGAUGCGUUCGUGGGGACCGCACUCCUUGAUUCUUACUAUAAGGCGGAGAGCAGUUUGGCUGCACUCCAAGUAUUCGAUGAAAUGCCACAAAAAAAUGUGCCUUCUUAUAACGCGAUUGUGUCGGGUCUGGCCAUGCAUGGUGAAUUGGAGCUCGCAAGGAAGAUCUUUGAUGAGAUGCCGGAGCGGAGCGUGGUAUCGUGGAGUGCAAUGCUCUCUGGGUACUCGAAAAAUGGUUUUUUCCAUGAGGCUCUUAGCCUUUUUGAGCAGAUGAAAGCCUCUGGCCCAAGCCCGAAUGAUAUCACUCUGGUGAGUGUUUUAUCGUGCUGUGCGCAUCUAGGUGGGCUUGCGCUGGGCCAAGAAGUGCACAUGUUCUUGUUGGAUCACGGUUUCAAGCUCGACAUUUAUGUUGGCACUGCUCUAAUAGAUAUGUAUGCGAAAUGUGGUGACAUAGACAAGGCGCGGAGCGUGUUUGAUCUCAUGCCGGAGCGUAAUGUUGUGGCCCAUACAGCCAUGAUAAGUGGUCUAGCGAUGCAUGGGCUUGGGCUCGAGGCCUUACAGGUCUUCAGUGAGAUGCAGGAUCAGGGACUAGAGCCUGGUGACAUCACUUAUGUGGGCGUGCUAUGCGCGUGUGCGCAUGCGGGCCUAGUCUCUGAUGGUCUUACCCACUUCCGCAACAUGACUAGAUGCUAUAAUUUAGUCCCCAAACUGCAGCACUAUGCUUGCAUUGUGGACCUCCUCGGUAGAGCGGGAUUGCUCGCAGACGCUUGCAGGUUCAUCCUUCAAAUGCCCGUCGAGCCCGAUGCCAUCAUAUGGGGGGCCCUGUUUGGCACAUGCAGGACUCACCACAACCUCGAAUUUGGAGAAUUCGCUGCCCAUAAGCUCUUAGAACUGGAGCCUCUCCAUUCCGGAUGCCAUGUCUUCCUCUCAAAUGUCUACGCGAAAUCCCGGAAAUGGGACAAGGCCGCGGAGGUGAGGAAGAAGAUGACUGAGAUGGGAAUGAAGAAGAUGCCUGGUAACAGUUGGACUGAGGUUGGGACUGUGGUUCACCGAUUCAAGGUUGGGGAUAGAUCACAUGAAAGAAGUGAAGAGAUUUAUAAUAUGCUUGAUGAGUUAACCUCAAGGUUAAAGCUUGAGGGCUAUGUGCCUGAUGUGGGCUAUGUGGCCUAUGACAUAGAGGAGGAGGAGAAGGAACAAUCAGUCUCAGUUCACAGUGAGAGGUUAGCAGUUGCAUUUGGGCUGAUUAGCACGACUGAAGGGACGCCAAUUAGGGUUGUGAAGAAUCUCAGAAUCUGCAAUGACUGCCAUGUUGUUAUUAAGCUCAUUUCAAAGGUCAUGGGGAGGGAGAUAAUCUUGAGGGACAAUAAUCGCUUUCACCAUUUUCGCGACGGUUCGUGCUCAUGUGGGGAUUACUGGUAGCAGUGAGAUAUUGAUCAGAGAACCAGGUAAAAAAAAAAAAAUUGGACAUAAAUUAAUGAGUCGACUAUCAAAGGGGAAUAUUGUAUCAUCAUCAUACGAGCAUUAUCCCAAUUACUUGGGUCGGCUGGUCAAAUGUUGUAUCAUAAAAGAGAAAAUUAAAUUUUAUGAGAUUGAUUGGGUUAUUUUGUUGGA